AUGGCCACCGACGUCCCGCUUGUAGCUGCUGCUACUUCAGACGCGACGACCGAGCUGUCUGCAGCUCCAGACACUCCCGCGUUCGUCUCUGCAAGCGACGAGAACCUUCCACACAACGACAUCGAUGAGUUCCUCGACGUCGUGGUCACCAGCGUCGACGCCGUGUGUCCCAGCGUGAGCCAGAGCCUCGCACUUUUUACGCUCUCGACGUCCGAUCUCCACGUCUACACCGUCGAGUUUGUCGUGACUCGAGGCGUUACUUCAUACUGUAUCAAGCGACCGCUUCCCACGCUGUAUGAAGUGUUAAGUCACAUUCAGACAACAUUUACAACACGCGAGCAAUCACCGCCAACUGACUCGAUCAAGCUGCCCGAAUUCCCUCUGAAAAGCACUCGCAACGACGCAGCGAUCGCCCAAUGGUGCACUCAAAUGACGGUCUUCUUAGCCGCUCAUCGAUGCGGGAUGCUGCAGCUUCAUCCGGAUUGGCUCGACUUUGUGGUCGAGCGUGGAGAGGACCAAGGCGCUCGACUCCACAUGACAGCGAUUGACUUUAUCUUGCAAGCUUUUCCAUUGGAGAAACUCGUUGUACCAAGAAGCUCACAACAGGAAGUAGUCGUACAAGUGACGGCGAGUGGAAAAGAUGAGGACGCGUCGCAGUUUAUUGUGUGGAAGUUUGAGCUGGAGGAGUUUGAUGUGGACUUCAGUGUCUCGUUUACUCCAGAGCUGUGCGAGCAGGAACUUGUUGAAGUGGUGCAUGCUCGGACGAGAUACGUCGUGACGAUAGGUCGAGCUGUAGAAGGGUCCUUUCGAUGUGAUCGGGCUGGAAAAAUAACGCUGACGUGGGACAACUCGUACUCGAGGCUGCGUGGAAAAAACGUGCUGUAUCAGGUGCAAGUUGUGACAGGUAGUGUGAUGGCGUCCGCAACUGCUGCGGCGGAUGCGUUGGACGAAGCUGUUCGGGUGGAACAAGCCCGCAAUCACGAACGGAAUGCAGCGCUGUCGAGGGCACUUAUUGUAAGUCCGAUGUCGACGCCAGAUGCAAAUGAGCUGUCUCGAUACUCGGCGUACAUACCAAGCGCCAUUGCUCAGCAGAGCUGGUUGUUGAGCGCGCCGAUCAAUGUAGCUGGGCACUUGGCAUCGAAGCUUUUUGGGUCGCAAGAUCUAACGGCGGUAAUCCCGUCAUCGUUAGAUCCUGCGGCCCAAAAAGCUUGUCAACACAACAGAGGACUCGACAGUGAUGCUCGCAGCCUUGUGGAAGAGCUAAAUGGGCUCAACAUGCAGCUCAUGGAGCGGAUGGAAAUUCAUGAGGACAGUAUCGCCAAGCUAACUGCUCAACGCGAUCAAGAGCGGUCAAAGGCACAUAUAGCACUAGUGGAGAAGGACAAUUAUGCAAACGAGGUCAGGGCAAAAGAGGAUGCACUAGCCUCUACUGUCGGCGAACUUCAACGCAUACAACGAGAGCGGGAAGCGUGGCGUGAGAUACAAGCGGAACGAGAUGCACUGCUCGAAGAAAAACACCGCUGGGCAAUGGCAGACGACUUUGAUGGUGGUGAUAAUGAUGCUUCUAGCAUAGCUAGAGAAAUGGACACUGCGAUCCGCUACCGUCUUGAAAAGGAGCUCGGCCAGGCUGAAGCCACAAUACUGCGAUGCCGCGCAGAGUUGGGUUAUCCUUUGAAUAAUCAUCUGACGGGAACUUCCACUCGAUUCGAAACUAUUGCAAGGGAAAUGGCAGCGUCGAAGCACCGAUACGAAGAGCAGAUACAAAUAUGGGAGCAAGAACGUAUGCAGCUAACGCAGCAACUAGUGAAAGCUCGCGGCCAAAGACGUGUGCUGGUGACAGAGAUCCGUAACAUGCGAACUCAGACUGAAAGCCAGAUUGCUGUGGCCAUGGCUGAAGCGAGCGAGGCACGAAUGGUGAACAAGCGCUUGAAGACGCAAAACGGAUUGCUGCUGACUCAGAUCCGGACGCUGAUAAAUGAAACUGAAAGCAACGAGAAGAAGACUCGAGAUGCCAAAGAUGAGCUAGAGCCGCAACAAAAACAAGAGUCACAACAACUGUCACGCGUCCAAAGCCAGUCAAAGGCAGGUGAAGCUUUGGGACUAGAAACUGCAGUCGCGAUGGUAGAUCUUACCGUGAGAAGUCAAAACGAAGGAAGCAAAAGAGAAGCGGCAACGGAUGAGGUGGACGACUCCCCUGUUCCGUACACGUUGGACGAUAACGACAUCGCCGUGCUGAACGGUCGUCCACUGCCAUCCAUUGCAACCAGCGCAACGUCUGCUUCCCGUCCACAGCGUUACAAAGAGACAGAGACUUUGUCUUUGUCCUCUCCUGGGCCCCUGAUCGAUCGUCGCCAGAACCCUUUUCGUGCACGGCUGCUAGCCUUUUUCGAGGAACACGAUCCGACGAAGGUUGUUGAAGUGGACGAGAUGCUGCUACACUACAAAGGCGUGGAAGAAUCGCUAUUCGAGAGCUUGGAACUCAAGUACAGCUUUACUGAGCUCAACCGAUGCAUCGCUCAAGCUUUGUAA